AUCAGUCUCGAAAAUUCCGACAAACAAAGAAGAUUUUUUUGCUGAUUUCGCGUGAAAAUUUUUCUUUGUCUAAAAAAAGCUGCGAAAAUUGUGUGAAAAUGAGCGGACGUGGGUGGCAAAUGGAGCUGCUGCGCAAUAUGGGGCGCUCCGCGGCGACAACAGAAGUCAGCGGUGAGAAGAGUACGGAGAGUGGCAUCCAAUCCGGCGAACAGGGUGAUCAAACACGCGGACAAUCGGAUGGGUCGAAGGAGCAGAAGACAAGCAAGGAUUCCGGGGAGGAAUCUUUAAAUAGCUCCUCGCAGGGACGUGGGAGAAAGAUGCAAAUGGCCCUUGAGAGGCAUCUCUCAACACAAUUGAUCAGCAAGCAGGAUGCCCCGGAAACCACUGCGGAGACCCCACGCGGUCAGGGGCGCGGGGAUAUGCUUCGCAGGGCCAUGGAGGCGAGUCUCAGUGUUGCCCGGCAGUACCACAAGGACAAGGCACCCUCAUCCGUGGAGGAAGUUACAAAGAAAAUGGACACAGUAGCUCUCCUCGAGCAGGCCAAGACCACAGAGCCCCAGGAGCCGGUGCUCUAUCGCGGUACAAAAGGAGUGACGGUGACAGCUCUGUCAAACUACCUUCCACUUGAAUGGAUGUCAGAUAAACGUAUCUAUGAAUAUAGUGUGUAUUUUGAGCCACUCGUUGACAGUAUUCAUUUGCGCGUGAAGAUCAUUGGGCAACUACAGGCAGAGAUUGGUUCUGUUUUUGUCUUUAGUGGCUUCAACGUUUACCUGCCGCGUAAAUUGGAUCCUGUCAAGGUGAUGCACACAAAACUCGCCGCAACACAGGACACCAUCAAAGUGACGAUGAAAUUGAUUAAAGUUAAGCCCGAGGAGGAAUUGGCGCCCUUCCUCAAUAAUCUCUUCAACAAAAUCAUGCGAGAGCUGAAGUUUGUGCGGCACAAGAGGAAGCAAUUUGAUCCAACAAAGGCAAAGAUUGUUCCGCAGCAUAAAUUGGAAAUUUGGCCGGGAUACGUGACGGCUGUUGAUACAUUUGAGGGUGGUUUGAUGCUGAAUCUCGAUGUUUCCCAUCGACGUCUCUCAACGAUGACCAUUCAUGAGUUCAUGACAGACAUCUAUCAACGCUACAAAGCGGAUUUCCACAAGAAGGUCAAGGAGGCUCUCAUUGGGAAGAUUGUCCUGACGCGGUACAAUAAUGAAACGUACAGAAUUGAUGAGGUUGAUUUCACCCUCAAUCCAAGGGGGAAGUUUAAACGUGGCGAAGAGGAGAUUAGCUACGUUGAGUACUACAGGAGGAAUUACAAUAUAACAAUAAGGGAUCUCGAGCAGCCACUUCUGCUGAGUUUCAAGCAAGUUCGCGUGUCUGGGUCGGAGAAGAAGCAGGAGCGGAUUACGUGCCUCAUUCCGGAGCUUUGCUACAUGACAGGGUUGACGGAUGAACAGAUGAAUAAUACGAAUCUCAAGAGAGAUCUUGCUCCAUACGUCACGGUAUCACCGCACCAUCGUGUUGAUGGGCUGAGGAAGUUCCUCGCUAAUGUCCGGGAGUGUGCAGCAGCGAGGAAAGUUCUUGAGGAUUGGGGUUUGGAAUUGGCGCCGGAUGUGAUAAAUUUGGAAUCUCGUGAACUUGGGGUGCAGCAGGUCUCAUUCAAUGAGUAUACAGCAAAGGCGGGAAUUCAGGCGGAUUUUUCUCGUGAUGCCACAAGUAAGCACGUCCUGACCACCAUCCCAUUCAACACGUGGGCCAUUGUGUACGUAGAGAGGAAUAAAAAUGAGGCAAUUACCUUCAUGAAUCACGUUCAACGCAAUGCCCCCCAAUUGGGGAUGACGAUGAAGAAUCCGCAACAUGUUGUUUUGCGUUCAGACACAAAUCAGGAAUUUAUCAAGCAAAUUAAUCAGGUGAUUACCUCAACGCCAGGGUUGUCGAUUGUUGUGACAAUUUUCCCCACACAACGGGGAGAUUUGUAUGCAGCCGUGAAGAAGGUUUGUUGCUAUCAGAACCCAGUGCCAUCGCAGGUUAUUAUGGCGCGUACACUGGGGCAGAGUAAUGAGUCAAAGGUGCGUUCAAUUGUCAUGAAAAUCCUGCUGCAGAUGAAUUGCAAAGUUGGUGGAACAUUGUGGAGUAUUAAUAUCCCAAUGGGAGGAACGAUGAUUUGUGGGGUUGAUGCUUAUCACGAUCCAGCACAGAGAUCGGCAUCAGUGACGGGAUUUGUGGCAUCGUCCAAUUCAACAUUUACCCGUUGGUACAGUACGGCAAUCAUACAGAAUAUUCGUGAGGAGGUGAGCAGGAGUCUUGGGUUAGCCAUUAAGGAGGCUCUCAUUGCCUACCGGCAGGGUAAUGGAUGUCUCCCGGAACGAAUUGUUAUCUUCCGUGAUGGCAUUGGCGAUGGGCAGCUACCACUGUGUGAGAAUUUCGAGGUCCCGCAGCUCAUUGAGGCCGCAAAGAGUCUCUAUCCGGCCAAUGGGGAACCAAAAUUGACGUAUGUGGUGACACAGAAGAGAAUCAAUACGCGCUUCUUCCGUCAAAGUGGUGGGAAGAUUGAUAAUCCAGCUCCGGGCACAGUUGUGGAUCAUUCAGUCACACGACGCUACAUGAUGGACUUCUUCCUCAUUUCGCAGAAUGUGCGUCAGGGCACCGUGACGCCGUCGCACUACAUUGUGGUGUACGAUUCAGCCAAUCUUAAGCCCGAUGUGGUGCAGCAAUUGGCCUACAAACUCACCUUUAUGUACUACAAUUGGCCAGGAACAAUUCGUGUACCAGCCUGUUGUCAGUACGCCCAUAAGUUGGCUUACCUAGUUGGGGAGCACGUGAAGAAGGAACCAGCCAAGGAGCUUCAGGACAAACUAUUUUAUCUCUAAAUUCGUGCCAAGAAGAAACUCAAUCUGUGAGAUGUGUUCACAACUUCAUUAUUUUUUUUUCAUCUUUUCUUUAUUAAUUUUAAUCUCAUUCAUGAAAUAAAAGCUUUGUGGAUUUAGCUGUUUUUCUCUCAGACACAGCUUUUUCUUUUCAAUCACAAAGCAAAAUUGAAUUUUUUAUAUUUCUUUAAAAUAAAAUUUGAAUUGAAAUGCAAAAUUGAAUGAAUUUUUGGACUGAAUAUAAAAACUUUUCUUUCUUUUUUUUUAAAUUUCUUGACGAAGAUGUUCAAUUUGAAAUCUUAAUUCUGUUUUUGUUUAAUAAAAAAAAUGAAGUAUUUCCCAAAGACUGUAGUACAAAAUAACAAAACUUGAAGUUGUUAAAUGUGCAAAUUCCAAUUUAUGAAGAGAAAUGUUCAAAUAAUAUUUUUUAUAUAAUUAAUCUUAAUAAAAAAGAUUAUUUACAAUGAAA